AUGGACCCUUGCGAGGACCGACACGCGCUCCAGGGGCCGUGGGGCUCCGGGGCCCCGCUGCACAGGACCGAGGGGGACACCAGCCGCAGUUCCAGUGAACAAGAUCGAAAGAGAGUUUCUGAAGAACUUAAAAUGGUUGUCCAAGAAAUGAAAAAAUAUCUGCCAGUGGAGAGACACAGUAAACCAAGCACCUUAGAUGCCCUCAACUAUGCCCUGCGCUGUGUGCACAGCGUGCAAGCAAACAGUGAAUUUUUCCACAUUCUCAGUGGAAAUGGAUUCCCCGAGAUAGACAUGACCAUGUACGGCCCUGAGGAGCUGGCCACUGUUGCUGCCGAACACACUUCCAAGAACACAGAUACCUUUGUGGCGGUGUUUUCAUUUCUAUCCGGAAGGUUGGUGCACAUUUCUGAACAGUCCGCUUUGAUCCUGAAAUGCAAGAAAGAUUUCUUGGAGUCUUCUCACUUUGUUGACCUGCUUGCCCCUCAAGACGUGAGGGUGUUCUACAUGCAUACUGCCCGAGCUCAGCUUCCUCUCUGGAACAGCUGGACCUGAAGAGAAUCACAGUAUGAAUGUGCUGCAGUGAAAUCCUUUUUCUGCAGGAUCCACAGAGGUGGAGGCAGAGAGCAAGAGAAGCAUUACUCCCCGUUUCGGAUCAUCCCCUAUUUGGUCCAUGCACACAGCUCUGCCCACCCAGAACCGGAACCUUGCUGUCUAGCGCUGGUUGAAAAGACUCACUCUGGUUAUGAGGCUCCUCAAAUACCAGUGGAUAAAAGAAUUUUUACCACAACACAUAUCCCAGGAUGUGUUUUUCUUGAAGUAGAUGAAAGAGCAGUGCCUUUGCUGGGUUACCUACCUCAGGAUCUGAUCGGGACGUCAAUCCUAGCAUACCUGCACCCAGAAGAUUGUCCUCUGAUGGUUGCCAUACGCCAAAAGGUCUUGAAGUAUGCGGGCCAUCCUCCCUUUGAACACUCACCCGUUAGAUUUUGUGUUCAAAAUGGUGACUUCAUCGUACUGGAUUCUAGUUGGUCCAGCUUUGUAAACCCCUGGAGCCGGAAGGUUUCUUUUAUCAUCGGUCGGCAUAAAGUAAGAACGGGGCCACUAAAUGAGGAUGUUUUUGCUACCAGAAUAAAAAAGAUGAACAAUAAUGACAAAGACGUAACAGAAUUAGAAAAACAAAUUCACAGACUUCUCUUGCAGCCGGUGCACGGGAGCGCCUCUAGUGGCUACAGCAGCCUGGGCAACAGCGGGUCUCAGGAGCAGCAGGUCAGUGUGGCCUCGUCCAGUGAGUCCAGCGGGCACUGUGUGGAUGCCGCACACCAGGAGCCAGAGCUGAUGACCUUGCAGCAGGUGUACGCCAUUGUAAACAAAAUUAAGAAUCUGGGUCAGCAGCUGUACAUUGAGUCAAUGACCAAAUCUCCAGUCCAGCCGAUGAUGGGGGCAUGCGCAGGGCCGCCGGGUGGUGGUGAGACCUUUUCUUCCUCUCAGAUGCUGAACAAUAAAAACAUGUGCACUGAGUCUUGUGAGGGUUUGAGGAAAGACCAGCACAGCCCAUCCUAUCAACAGAUACACUGUAUCGAUAGUGUCAUCAGAUACCUGAAGAGCUGCCAUGUCCCAGUUUUGAAAAGGAAGUGCGUCUCGCGUACGAACACAGCCUCUUCGUCAUCAGAGGACAGGCAACACCACAGCAUGGACAGUGCCCAGGCUCUGCAAGCCAUUGCACAGAUCCCGGCCACUCCUACACCAGAAGUGCCAGAAAACAUCCGGCCCACGGCUGUCGAGGGCGGUGCCACACAGACCGUGUCCACCACAGCACUGAGCUUGGCCUCGGACACGAGCCGGUGCAGUUGCAGCAGCACCCUCAUCCACAUCCCUCCCCUGGAGUCGGCAGAGGAUGCCACUGGAGCGUGUGCAUCCCGGGCCCUUGGCACACAGCCGGCUGCUUUGGCCUCGGAAGAGUUCAGAGGCACGAGGCUCACGUCGGCCCACACGCAGAAGGAGGAGCAGGACUGCGUGGACGGAUUCCGGGAGAGGAUCCUGUCCUCACCCUACAGCUGCGUCUUCAGCAGGAAAACAAGCCCAGCCAAGUGCUCCUCUGUCCGAGGAGGUUCUGCCUCCAAGCAGAGCAGAUCAGCUGGAUGCAAGGAAGUGAGGCACAAGCGGAAGAAGCUGCCGAUGCUGCUGAGUGGCAGCAGCUUGGACGCCAGCAUGUGUCCCCUCAACAAACAGCUGCUUCAAGACGUGUGGCCCUGGUGCCCUCCUGCAGCCCCCGCACCCCAGGCCCCAGGCCUGGCCCUGCCUUCCACCGUCACCACGCUCCCCAGCCAGGCCUCUCACCUCCUGCCCGCCCUGGGCCUCCCAGCCCUGGCCUUUCUGGGAGCAGGGGACCCUGCAGCCUGCGGAACUGCACCUGUGCACCUGCCCAAGCCACCCUGCCGCAGCGGCCUGCACACCCUUCCUGCUUUUCCUGCUCCUCACUUGGGUACUUUCGUGACCAUCCUCUUGCACAGCACCCCCAUCUGUCCUCCUUGGUCACCGUCCUCUCCACAUCUGUCCCUGGGGGCCUCAGGCAGUUCUGAAAUGCUACCUGCAGCGUCAGCAGUGGCUCCAGACCUGGAACCACCUUCAGUCGACAGCCAAGGGAGAGUGGAGGGCACAUGGGAGGACCAAAGUGAGGAGUCUGGGCACAUGAAUUUGAGGAGCAGCUCACCACUGCAGUUAAACCUGCAGGAGGAAAUGCCCGGAUCGUGGGCACCUCCCGACCCGGCGAGGAGGGACAUUACCCCAGAAGCCGAGUGUCGUGGUGUUAGAGACAGCAGUGGCCACAGUGGCCCGUCUGUGGCGUCCCUUCCCAAGGCAUGCCCGUCUGGAUCCAGCUCUGCAGCCUCAGGUAGUGUGUGGCUCAGGAAACCCCUUCUCCACGCCCUGUCGCCACGUGUGCGGUCAGCUGUGUGCCAGUCCCAAGCCCGAGGGCCGGCUGGCCAAAGUAGCCUUGGACAGGUGUCUUCUGAUUUGCCGUUGACAGGAAGCAGCGCCAGCAAUAUACACUUUACGAGUAGUGAUUAUUCUUCUGAAAUCUCUGAAGGUGGGCAGCCGUCUCAGGGUAUACAGCGGAAAGAAGCCCACCCCACCUUGGCUGAAGACGCCAUCUGGAGGAUGACUGAGCAGACGCCUCAGUGCAUUCUGAUGACUUACCAGGUACCGCAGAGGGUUAAAGAAGUCGUGCUGAAAGAAGACCUAGAAAAGCUAGAAAGCAGGAGACAACAGCAGCCCCGGUUUUCUCCUGGGCAGAAGGAGGAGCUGGCCAAGGUGCAUUCGUGGAUUCAAGGCCAGAGUGGCCCCCAAACACACCCCCAAUCAGAUGUUUAUGCAAUGCCUGCCUUGCCGACUGCACGACUGCACAGAAGUCACAGGGACAGAUUGGUGGGGACGCCUGAGCCAACGCCCAAGAUGCCCAGCACGGCUGCCAGGGGCUGGACCAGCCUGAGCAGACUGGAAAGGAAGGCUGGGUUCAGCCACAGGGCCACACCGAGGAAUGUGGACCUUUGCCCUUGAACAGCAAUGAGGAAACAAUGAAAGGUUUCAAAUAGGGGCGUUGGGUCACUCAUUCACUCAGCAAACAUUAUUGAGCAGCUGUUGUGUGCUGUUCAAGGUCCCAGAGAUACAACAAUGAAAGAAAACAAACCAAGCGUCCUGGGAUUUGCAUUCAGCAUGCAUUCAGUAUGUCCAGCGGCAAUAAAAGCCAGCGAGGGCUAAGUAGGCUCCUGAUGGUGAUGAGCUGGAAGGGCUAUUUAUAUGUUGGAGCCCACCACAGACCUGAAGGGGGGAGGGGGGGAGGAGGAGGAGAGGGGAGCAACUGUGGAAGAACGUUCUAGGCAGAGGGCGUGGCAAGUGCAAAGGCCCUGGGGUAGGAUCGUGCCGGGCCUGUUUGAGGAUCCUUCAGGAGGCCAGUGUGGUUCCAAGAAGGGGUCAGGCCUUGGGUAACAGCACAUCAGCAUAUGAGCCAUGGUUUUAAAGCCCACUCUAGUCACCUAGUCGGGAAGAGGCAGCAGGGGGGAGACUGGAAUGCAGGCUUAAAUGAGGGGUACAGGUGGGGUACUGGGAACAGCCAGAUUCUGAUCAAUUUCGAUUAGGAGCCAGUGUGUUUGUUCGACCCCCGAAAGCCAACAGCCAAGUCCUGGCAGCUGUGCCCAGCCCCACACUUUGCAGUGGCCUGGCGGACGCCUCUGCUCUCCAUCCCAUGCACCAGCAUUCCGCCGACUCCUCCCGGAAGCUGAGCAGGGCCUCCUGCCGGAAGUGGCCUCCUCCAGGCUGGGGAGGGCGGAAGCUGCGUCCCGGGACGUCACCCGCAAGGGCUGCUGGGAAAGCACCCCAGACGGGGCCACGGCAGGGCCGGAGCCUCCCGAGUAUGGCGCCCUCACCCAGAAGAUCUCGACUUUUCCUUAAUCACCGGCCAAAGGCCCUUUCUCCAAACAACGUUCACACUCUGAGGGCCUGGGAGCAGGACCUCAGCAUCUGAAUUUGUGACGUCACAAGUCGGCCCCUGGCAGGCGGGGAGAGAAGCCCCACUCCUUGGGGGGGUUUUUUGCCCAGUAGUGGGUAUUGAACCCAAGGCCUUGGCCCUGAGUUACAUCCCCAGCCCUUUUAAAAUUAUUAUUACUUUUUAGAUUUUGAGACAGGUCUUGCUAAGCCACUAAAGCGCCCAAGCUGGGCUCAAAUAAACUUGCAAUCCUCCUGCCUCAGCCUUCAGAGUGCUGCGUGCAAGUGCCCCACCUCUUGAUGGGAGGCACAACUGGGGUGAAGGGGCUCUCGCAGGAGCCAUUCCCACCACUCUGGCCGCGUCCUAGCGCCCGGCACGGAAGACGCCUGCCUUGAAACCUGUCUGGGGCCGGGAGUCUGUCUGGCCAGGUGUGAGCCUGCAGGUGCUCCGGCCCAGUCCACCCGGCAGGGGCAUCAGGGCGAGGGCGAGGACAGCAAUGAAACGGACCCCAGGGGCCGGUGACCUCCUGGGACAGGGGAAUCGGCUCCAGCCCCCUCAGAACCUGGUUUCCCGCCAGCCUCAAAGUCACCUCCCUUGCCCGACCGCGCCUGUCCGGGCCUGCAGGGCUCGUGGCUGGGACCCAGCCCGCGGGCACCUCAGAGCAUUUCCCUCCUCGGGGAGCCCAGGGUCCGGGCACAGCCCUGGCUGCAUCACCCGCCGCUCCCCUCCGUGAAAGGAGAUCAGGGCCGGCCAGGCUGCAGCUGGGACAAGUCAGCAAGUCCUCCACUGCCUGCCUUCCCAGAGCUGAGCGCAGCCCCGGAACCGGAACUGGACUCUAUCACUGAUGAUCGGAGAGCAGGUUUAAAAUAUGCUCUUGACUCCAGUUACCAAGAAAGAGAGAUUCCCACAAUAUGAAUAACCUAACCCAUUAGAUAGCGGCUGCGGUGGUGAGCUGAGUCGUGUCCCCUGGAAAUGCCUAUAUCCAGGCCUCCCCCUAACUCAGCAGGGUGUGUCUGCUCAGGAUGAGUCAGUCCCUAAAGAGGAAAUGAAGUUGAAGUCACUAGACUGGACCCUAAUCCAGUGUCACCGGUGUCCCUACUGGACACAGCAAGACGCUGGAGAUAUGCACGGACACAGACAGGACCGUGUGCAGACUCGGGGAGGAGGCACCCCCACAAGCCAAGAGGAUCCCCAGGAGAAGCCAGCACUGCUGGACCUGGACCGUGGACUUCCGGCCUCUGGAACCGUGAGAUCAGUGCAGGGCUUGGUCACAGCCCAAGCAGACUCGGCUGGUUAUGGGAAGAUGAUGAAUUCAGACCCAGGAAAACCAUUUAGAAGAGGGUCGCACAAAAUACACUAUUUGUGCCAGAUGUGUGUCCUCCCUACACAGUGGCUGCUGUGGGCUAAGCGUGAGUUUGCAGUCCUGCCGUCUGUGCUCUGACAGUCUGAUGAAUGAGGCAGACAGGGGUCCGUGUCCUCUGAGGAGUGUCUGUCUCCGAGGUCACCAUCAAGACAGCGGAUAAUGUCUUUGUCCUUGGCGGGUUCUUGCAUGGGGAGAGGUGGCCACCCAGUUUCCCAGCUCCUGCGUACACCCUGCUUGGUGGCAGGAGGAUGACGCGUGGGCCUCUGGCAUCUGGUGCUGACUUGACAAGGUGUCCCCAGGGGACAGACAGACAGCCCUGCAGACAGCCCCUGGGCCCACAACCUGUCUUCCUUGAGGGGAGCAGACAGCCUGGGAGGUCCUGGCUGGCCACGUCUAGGAGGGAGGGGCAGAGCCUCGAGGACGCCCUGCUUCCAGGUGACAGAGGCUGCCCUUGGCCCUGCAGGUGACUGAGACAGCCACAGUGGUGCGGGUCGCUGGUCUGUUUUGUUCCUUGCCAUAUUUGACAGCCCUCGCAUGACUCUGGCCCUGCCCAGGGCGAGCACAUGACAGCAUUGUGACAUCCCUAGUGACAAGAGCAGUCUUCUGCUGGCCCUUCAAACCCGGCCUCGACAGUGUCCCUCCUCGGUGGCUCUCUCAGAUACAGAGCUUCCGGGCACCAUGUUUCUAGCAGCAAAGUACCCCGCCGUCCUUGUGACCUGGGAAAAGGACCAAUUGGAAGAGAAGGAUGUGCUGCCAAACGACACUCAGGGCUGGGCUGGUGCCCUCGGCAGGUGCGUCACACCCCCAGCGAUGGCCAGCGCAAGGCCAAGGGUGACAUCGAAUAAAUAUCUGCUCUCCUCAUUGAUUUGCGUCAUCCAAUUACCAGGAGGCUCGUUGAGGGAAGGCUCGGGGGAAUGACUCAAAUGUCGCCGGAAUGACACCCGUGGGGUUCAGCCAGCCUUUUUGUCACAUCACUGGGUAUUAAAGGAGACUUUCAGCUGCGGAGAAUAUUAAUUGCUACUGAGAGCAAUGUGGGGGAAGCUACACAGAAAUGAAAAGCGACAGCCCAUUGUCACGACAGAUCACGGUACUAUGAGGAGAAUCAUUGCUGAGCCAGGUACGUGAUUCGACCUAAUGACUUUCAUUUCUGUUUCCCGUCCUUAACCCACAGAAUAAACAAUAGGGGCUGAGUUAUGUCCCGGGCUCCAACAUCCACGUGUUGAAGUCCUGACUCCAGGACCUCGAGACGCUGUCAUGUUCAAAGACAGGGUCUUCCAAGAGGUCAUUGAGCUAAAGUGGGUUCAUUAAGGUGGGUCCCAACCCAAUAGCAACAGCGUUCCUCAGAAGGAGAGAUUAGACACAGACACACACAGGGACCCCCAUGGAGGGAUUCAGGAGGACGACACCACCCACAAGCGAGGAGCAAGGCCCUGGGAGAAGACCUCCGGUCAGUGGGACUUCGUCAUGGCGGUCCAAGCAGACAAGCAGGGGCUGUAACCUUGAUGCUUCUACGUCAUUUCACAUCUCACCAUGAAAAAUGAGUAAAGGGCCCAUAGUGCAUCUGAGUACCUGAGUCACGGGGAUACUUGGUUUUUCAGAGGAGAGGGUCUGCUUGUCCCCUGGCUCAGGAACGAUUUCCAAAGUUCUCCUAUGGCAACUGCCUUUAUCACAUCUGCCUAUCACAGUUCGAUGCUCAGGUGCUGGUGAAAAUCUACUGCUGUAGUUGGAAGCAACUGAAAAAAUGAUCCCAAUAUCUUCUGGUUUGUGAUUUUUACUUGAUUUUUUCAUGUUGCUUGAUUUUUACAGCUUGUGUCUUUCAAGAGGAUAUGAAUUGUGAGAGGCGGUCUUAUUCUGCUUUUCAGAGACAUUUUGUAGAGAUUUUUCACUAAUGUGAAUCUAAUGUUAUCUACUUGAUUCUGUACAGAUUAAGUAAGUAUGUCUAAUGAAUUUUUUUUUAAGUUCUCCCUGUGGUCCUUAUAGGCUUGUUCAGGAUCACAAUUUAAUUUAACUGAGUCCUCCAGUUUAAGAAAUAUCCAGAAGUUUCUAAAAAAUAUACAAUAUUGAACUAUU